UCUCUCACGCACUCACAAACUAAUGAAGGGAGUGAUCGGAACAUGAGUAAAUAUUGGUUUUGCAUGAAGGUGUCUUCAUACAGACUGGUAGUUAGAGAGGAUCUAACAGGGUGUGUAUGUGUGUAAGUGGACUACAUGACUUUCACACUGCUCAUACAGCUGCCUUGAAAAGCCACAAGCAUGUUGCACACAGUCACCGAGUGGCUCUGGUGGGAGCGUUUGUGGCUGCCCGUGAACGUCUCGUGGGCAGAUCUGGAGGACCGCGACGGCCGUGUCUACGCCAAAGCGUCCCAGCUGUACGCCAUGCUGCCCUUGGCCUUCUGCCUCCUCUUUGUCAGGUUUCUCUUUGAGAGAUUGGUGGCCGCCCCGCUGGCUGACAUUUGCGGUAUUAAAGACAGACUACGUCACACCGUAGAGCAAAACGCCAUCUUGGAAAACUACUUCUGCACACAAGCACAUGUUCUGUCACAGUCUGACGUGAGGGCUCUGUGUAAGAAGACAAGUUGGACUGAGCGAAGAGUUCAAGUGUGGUUCAGGAGGAGGCGCAACCACCAGCGUCCAGGUCUUCGCAAGAGAUUCUGUGAGGCCAGUUGGAGAUGUGUAUUCUAUUUUUCUGCAUUUGUUGGCGGCGUCGUUGCGCUCCAUGAUAAACCCUGGUUUUACAGUCUGAAAGAGGUUUGGGCAGGGUUCCCUAAACAGUCGUUGCUGCAAUCCCAGUACUGGCAUUACUUCCUGGAAAUGGGAUUCUAUCUUUCGCUGCUCCUCAGCCUCACGUUUGAUGUGAAGCGCAAGGACUUUAAAGAGCAGGUGAUACACCACAUUGCCACCCUGACUUUGCUGGCAUUCUCCUGGAUCUCCAACUACAUCCGCGUCGGCACCAUCGUGAUGGCGCUCCACGACUCUGCCGAUAUCCUGCUCGAGGGUGCAAAGGUCCUCAACUACGCUAAGUGGCAUAAGAUGGCUAACGCUAUGUUUGUGGUCUUCACCUUCCUUUUCAUGCUGACCAGACUUGUGAUUUUUCCUUUCUGGGUGAUCCACUGCACGUGGGUGUACCCACUAGAAAGUUAUCCUCCGUUCUUCGGCUACUAUUUCUUCAACGUCAUGCUGCUGGUGCUCCAGAUUUUGCACCUCUACUGGGCCGUUCUCAUAUCAAAAAUGCUCUACAAGUGUCUCUUCAGCAAGCUGGAAGGGGAUGACAGGAGCGAUGAAGAGGAGGACGACAGUGAGGAGGAGAGAAACUGCAAGCGUGAUCACAUGAACGGUGCCGGAGUCCGAGGCCGGGCCAACGGUCACUGAUUGGAUAAGAAUAGUGACUUCUUGGACAGAAUCCCGGGAGACUGUACAGAAAUGAAGUACGAUGCAUCCAGAAAGCAUUCACAGCAAUUGACUUUUUCAACAUCUUGUUACGUACAGCCUUUUUCCAGCAGUACCUUGACUUAUGAAUGCCCUGCCUUAACUUAGGAGUCUUUCAGAAAACGAGCUGUCGCUUGAUCGAUUUUUUUUUUUCCAUCUGUGGGCAAGGAGAGCUACUGCAAACAUUCAAAUACACAACUCACACCCUGACACUAACACUGAACUAUCCAUCCAUCUUCUGACUGUUACUGUUACUUUCAAAUAUGACUCAAGUCAAUGUAAAAAGUAGUCAUCCAAAUAUUACCAUUACCAAUAUUACCAAUAUAAUUACUGCAUGGUGUUGUCUCAAGUUAGAAGUGGGCUGAAAUGUCCAAGUUUGGGCAGUCACAAUUUAAGAGCUGCAUGAUAAAGCUGGCGGCACGGUGAACGACUGGUUAUGUAUUAAGGGUUCAAUCCCCGGCCCGGCUGUGUGGAGUUUGCAAAUCUCCCCAUGCCUGCGUGGGUUUUCUCCAGCACUCCCGCGACCCUUGUGAGGAUAAGCGGCUCAGAAAAUGGAUGGAUGAAUGGAUGAUAAAGCUGUUGUGUUUUGAUCUGUACACAUACUUGCACGGCUGUUUUUUCUUCUUCAAAAUAAGUCAUUUUGAUUGGCUCGCGAAGGCUACGUAUGCUCAUGAAUUGGAGUCAAAUGACACUAGUGUUUACGUUUGUUUGGGGCAACGGGCGCCCUAUGCGGCAGUCGAAGAUGGAGUCUAAAAAUAGACGCGCAAGCAUGAAAUAAAAGUUGCGAACGGCAUGUCGAUCAUUGUAACGGAGUAAAAGUAUCGAUUCUUCUUCAGAUAACUACUCAAGUAAAAGUAAAAAGUACAGUGCAUUUAAAGUACUCUGAGAAAUAGUUUUUCGAAAAUGUUACUUGAGUAAAUGUAGCGCGUUACUACCCACCUCUGUGAACAUGUUAUUAUAUAAUGUCAAUACGGGGGGGGGGGGGGGGGUGCUGUUCUGUUGCACCCAAUGUAACUCUUUAUUGGGAUUCACAGCCACCCACACUCCUUAUUGCAACACUUUCAAGGAACAGGCGGUUGUUGUAUUUGACGAGAUGGUGUGAAACUGCAACACGGAUAGAGAUUUGAUAACUAAUGCGUUAAUAUUUAAACCAGUAUUGCCAAAGGGCUAAAACAAACGGAAUACAGUAUAAUGAACCUAUGCCCUCUAGCGGCCAUGAAGAACAACAACAUAUAACAUGUUCUAAUGCAGUACAGAUAGGUGUGUGUAGAAUUUUGAGGAGGGUUGGGGGGAAUAAUUUAUUUUGUUUUUGAGGCUGUAAUACAAAACGUGGAAAAGUGAAAUGCUGUGAAUACUUUCCGGAUGUGCUGUACUUAUGCAAGCAGAUUAUUAUUUAAAAAAAACAAAAACAAAAAACUGUGAUGGAUAAGUCAUGACCUGAUAUGUAGCUACAUAUUAGCGAAGCUUAAAUAAAACAA